CUUGCCGUCCUUACCCGCCGUGCUCCGCGCAGCACACGUGGAAGUGGCUUCCUCCAGCUGACAAGCCGGGCGGUUGUAGCCGUUCCUCGCCGGCUGGCGACUACUACACAGAAUGGCAGAAGUGCGAGAGCCCGGGGAGAACCGGGCCGCUGCCAUGGCUGUGGAGCAGGACAUGUUCGACGCCGUCGUGAUGGCGGAUGAGAGAUUCCAUGGGGAGGGAUAUCAGGAAGGCUAUGAAGAAGGCAGCAGCUUGGGGAUCGUCGAAGGAAGGCAGUAUGGCACAUUACAUGGAGCCAAAAUUGGAUCUGAGAUUGGGUGCUACCGUGGCUUUGCUCUUGCAUGGAAGUAUCUCCUACACAGUGGUGCAUGCGAGAAAGACAGCAGGAAGAUGAAGGUGGUGGAGGCGCUGAUCACACUGCUGCAGCACUUCCCCUUUGAUGACCCCACCUACGAGAGGCUCCAUGAAGACCUGGACAUAAUCAGAGGGAAAUUCAGACAGCUAUGCUCACUGCUCAACGUGCAGCCAGACUUCAGGGUGACCGCGGGAACCUCCAGACUUGCGUUUUGAGGACUCAGAAGAGCAGAUGUCUGCACAUAUAAUGUCAGUGAUUAAAGGCAGCCUGAGUGGCCCUCAUUGUUCUGUGAGAGGACCAGUGUGGCCUCUUCCCUAGGCUCUUGCUGGCUGGCUGGCCGAGGUAACACUACCCUGCCUUCUGCACAGGGUCCUGGCAGCACCCUCAAGAGAUUGCUCGCCGCUGGCCAGAGUGAGUGGCUUUGUCAUCCCAGUGGUCCUGGGUUGGAUCACCCUGAGGGUAGGACUCAGGCAGGCUGAUGUAAAAGCCCUUAUUGGGGAGCCGCAGCAGGUUCUCUGCUGUGUGCUGAGCUUCUGCUGACCACACUUGGGCUUCCUUUGGUUCACUCCGCCCCCCUGGAGUCCCAGAGGUGGGUGCCAUUCCACUUUAGAGGUGAUGAAGUAGACCCACCUAGUGUAACAGCCUGCCAUCAGAGCUGCCUGCUACCCCAGAUCCACGUCCUGCAGUGCCAUACAGUGCCUCUGCCUUGAACGUGUGUCGUCAUUGCCUGCACCACUGGGACCCUGUCCUCUGCUGCAGAAGGCCCAGAUUCCUGCAGUGCGUACAGGGGUACAGGGUUCAGACUCCAUUGGGCUUGGUUUGCCUCUGGAUGCCCAGCUGAGAAGGCAAGGCCAGUCAGAUCCCUAGGAAGCCGAGGCAUGGCUUUCACGCUGUCCCCAAGUGUGGAAUGAGCUCUACACAUUAAGAAUUGGCCGCGGGGGGAUUACUGGGAACCAGAGCAGGACCAGAUGGUGACUGCCACUGUGACUGUCCAGGGGCUUGCCUCUGUGCCACUGCUUCUUUAGCAGCAGCUUGCGAGUCUUGCAUGGUGUUCACAGGCAGGUAUAAGGUGAGCUAAUAGGAGUAGGCUCAGUAUAUACCAUUUCACAGACGUGGACACAUGGCAGCAUGCGUUGAUAUGCCCUCCUUUGGGUGGCUCCAUUGUACCCUGACUGUCCCUACUUCAGUUCUAGGGCAUGAUGUGAAGGGGUCACCGUGGAUGUGUGCCACUUUGGUUUGGGUUCUUUUUUUUUUUUUUUUUUUUUUUUUUUUAUUUUCUUUUAGAAACAGAGUCACUGUGUAGCUCAAGCUGGCCUUGAAGUGUGAUCCUCCUACCUCAGCCUUAUGAGUGCUGGGAUCUCAGGCCUGUGGCCCUAGCACACUGUUUUUAAUAUCAUUUCAUAGCAUCUUGAUAGAGUAGGUACAGCUGGAGCUCUUCCCUCGUUCCGUCAGCCCAGCCUAGCCAGAGAGGGAUGGUGUUGGUGCUUGAGGCCCGGGGUGCCACGCAUCUGGCUUCCUGAGCCAGGCAGUGGCCUCUCUGGAGUCUCAGACCAUCCUCCAGCUGCUCCCAGGAUCAGGGGUGCUCUUCAGUGAGCUUCUCUGGGUGCUGAGCUCAGAGAGCUGUGGCUACUGUUUUGAUCAUAGUUUACUUUUCUUUUUGGAGAAAAGAAUAAAUGAUGUGUUUUACAGCGACAGUCUGUCUGGUAUCAUUGUACUGACAGCUGCUGCAGUCCUCCAGUACCAAGAUGCUGAUGUCAGGAUCUCUGUUCAGAGAUGUGGGCCCAGCAUUCCAGCCACAUUCUGCCCUGGAUUUGCUACCAUAGGUAGCAGUUACUAGUUCCUCUCUUGUCUCUGCCCCCUUUCCCUCUCAGCUUUGUCUGUUCCCCCAUUCCCCUUACCUUGUAGAUAGGUGUUAGAGUUCCCACCCGUCAGCAUUGCCACAGCCACCUGUCUGAUACCUCCUGUGUUCUCAAGAGCCCCAUCCAAUCCCCAGCAUGCUUUGGUUACCCCAAAGGUCUUCUGGAUCACAGUAUAGACAGUGCAGAGGAGCAUUCUGCCAUGUGGGUGUGCCCUCCCUUCCCCCGCUGAUAUGGCUGUGUCUACUGUGAAAGGUGACAUAGUCAUGAAAAGGUUGCUACUUCUAAAUGUCAUCCCACGCAGGUGAUACUCGGAACUGCCAUAGACAACCACAGGGAGCUGCAGUGAAGCUGCACCUCAGUGUGGUAGAGUGGCACCCAUGGAACGUGUGUCCUUAAUGUCACUACUGAGCUGCGAGCUAAUUGCCUGCCUUCUCAGACCAUGUCCUGUGAGCUCUAAGUGUCUCCACUGCUGGACUGUUUUCUGUCACCCAUCUUACCAUGUUCUGGCCGGCUCUCUGGCAGAGUGGCUUUGCUAUGACUUUAGCUUUGAUGCCAUCCCCUAUGAGCGGCAGUGUGUCACAUGCUGGAGGCCAGAGGUGUCUGGAUUGGCUCCUCCCAAGUCUCUCUGCUGAGCCUGCUGCCCGUGUCUCCUGCACAGCUGUGUCCUGACUGAAUAGGGACUACCAGUGAUCUCAUUCUCCCUUAGUCACCUACAGAUUUAUCUGCAGUCACAGGGCAGGGCUUGUGACCGCCAGCUCUGCAGGAUCUGGAAUCACCUAGGAGACACAUCUCUGUGCAUGGCUGUGAGGGUGUUUCCAGAGAGGCUUAGCUGAGGAGGGAAGACCCACCCUGAGUGUGCUGUGUCCCAUGAACUGGAGAAAGCAAGCUGGGCGCCAGUGUACAUGUCUCUCUGCCUCCGGACUGGAUACAAUGUGAGCGUCUGCCUCGGGCUCCUGUUGCCAUGCCUCCCCACCCUGAUAGCUGCCACCUUAUUAACUGUGGCCCCAUAAACUCCUUCAUCCUUUAGCUUGCCACUUUGGGGGAUUUUGUCACAGCAAGGAUGAGAAAACUCACUAAAUACAGGGCCUCAGACCUGCAAAAGUACCGUGUGACCUCUAACAGGCAGCCUUUUUGCGGCUAUGGUACCAAUUUCAGCCCGAGGCUAAAUGCAGAAUGAAGUUCUUCCCUGUAAAGCUAGUGUUAGUGAGGAGUUUUUAAAAUAUAAAGAUUAUUGCUGAGCGAUGGUGGCACACCCCUUAAAUCCCAGCACUUGGGAGGCAGAGGCAGACUGAUCUCUGAGUCAGAGGCCAGCCUGGUGUACAGAGUGAGUUCCAGGAUAGCCAGGCUACACAGAGAAACCCAGUUUUGAGAAACCAAUAUAUAAAUAAAUCAGCACAGAGGAAAUUUAUUUGCUACAGAAGGACAAAGGUCAGAAAAUAAGAGACAAAGACAGGAGAUAGAAGAUGAGGGAAAGGAACAAAGGAGAGGGGUAGGGGAAUCUGUCCCAGAGGGACGAAGGAUUGUCUCUGGAGAGGAGGUAGACAUGGCCCAUAGGCAAAUGGCAGUUUAUAAAGAUUAGAGGGGGAAACUCUGUGUUAGGAUGAAGUGUUUUGUUUUGAUUGGGCGUGUUAAUUAGGGCAGCCAAAAAGGGCUUUUGAUUGCUGGACUUCAAUACUUUGAUAACUGGACCUUGGUAAUCAGCCUGGGGUUUGUGUGGUCAAAUAAGGGGAAUAGACCUUGGUGGCUAGCUUUAGGAAUGAAUUUAAUAGUUCAGCAAAGCAGAGGGAAUGGGAAGGGCAAGGCCUGCCAGAGCCAUGUUGGCCAUGCUCGGGCCUGCUAGAGUUCCUUCAGUGUGUAUGAGGUUUUUACUUGCACCGCAUGGUGGCAGUGCAUGCAGAGAUCAGAAGAGGGCAUCGGAUGCCUUAGGACUGGAGUUACAGAAGGUUGUGAGCCACCACGUGCACUGGGACCAAAGCUGGGUCCUCUGCAAAAGCAACAAGCACUCUUUUGUUGUUGUUGUUGUUGUUGUUUUUUAAUUUUUUUUUUGUUUUUGUUUUUCAAGACAGGGUUUCUCUGUGGUUUUGGAGCCUGUCAUGGAACUAGCUCUUGUAGACCAGGCUGGUCUCGAACUCACAGAGAUCCGCCUGCCUCUGCCUCCCGAGUGCUGGGAUUAAAGGCGUGCGCCACCACCGCCCGGCUGUUGUUUUUUUUUUUUUUUUUAAAAGGAUUUAUUUAUUUCUUAUGUAUACAGUGUUCUGCCUGCAUGUGUGCUUGCAGACCAGAGGAGGGCACCGGAUCUCAUUACAAAUGGCUAUGAGCCACCAUGGGGUUGCUGGGAAUUGAACUCAGGACCCCUGGAAGAGCAGCAAGCACUCUUAACUGCUGAGCCAUCUCUCCAGCCCUGUAGUCAAGUUUGAUUUUGUAGAAUUGUAGUUUUGAGACACAAGCAAGGUUAAACACCCCAGAAGCUCUGGCUGGGUGCUUUCAACCCCACAGUGGCUAGUAAUGGAGCACCCCACAUUCUAAAACAGUGGUUCUCAGCCUUCUUAAUGCUGCGACCCUUUAAUACAGUCUUCAUGUUAUGGUGACCCCCAACCAUAAGAUUACUUUCGUUACUACUUCAUAACUGUAAUUGCUACUGUUAUCAAUUGUAAUGUUAGAUCAGGUUGGCCUCGAACUCACAAGAGAUCCACUUGCCUCUGCCUCCCUAUUGCUGGGAUUAAAGAUGUCUGCCACUACCGCCUGGCUUAGUCCUGACUUUUCUAUACCACUACUCCACUACUUAGUCUCCAUGUGCAAGACUAAGGAUGGCAACAUGGGCUGGCGGAGUGACUGUGAAUGGCUGCACAAAGCACAGCAGGCAAGAGUAGUUUUUGCCAACUGCUCCAGACUGGUUUCAGGCUUGGCUGAGCCCAUGCUAGGUCUUGUAUUUAGCAGAUCCAGGAAAACACAGGUUUAUAAAGAAGGAACCCAUAUCAGGAGGAACAGUGACUGAAGGGGCUGUCAGAUGCUCCAGACCCUUCUGUGGGGGUCCUUCCUCCUUCCCUCCCUCACUUCCUUCCUUCUUUCUUUCAUUCCUUUGAGACAAAGUUUCUCUGUGUAGCCCUGGCUAUCCUGAAACUCGCUCUGUAGACCAGGCUGGCCUUAAACUUUUUUNUUUUUUUUUUUUUUUUUUUUUGGUUUUUCGAGACAGGGUUUCUCUGUGGUUUUGGAGCCUGUCCUGGAACUAGCUCUUGUAGACCAGGCUGGUCUCGAACUCACAGAGAUCCGCCUGCCUCUGCCUCCCGAGUGCUGGGAUUAAAGCUGGCCUUAAACUUGAUCCACCUGCCUCUGCCUCCCAAGUGCUGGGAUUAAAGGCAUGUAACCACCAACCACCCAACCUGUGGGAUCUUUCAUGAUGAACACCACUGCCUUCUGGGAGCACAGAGAUAGGGGAGCACUCACCCUGUAGGUAGGUGACUUCCUAGAUGGGGUCUUCAUAGCCUCUAUUGGAGAAUAUGCAUCAGUGAGCCCCAGGGGUCUGAAGACAGGACUAAAGAUUUGGAAGUGCUGGUGCAGUUCUCCUAGCAGGGGCCUUACUGUUGCCAGUGGGCGUUGUACCCUUGAAAAACGAGCUCCCAAGCCUGCUCUCAAGCGCAGGGGCCUGCUGCUGGUCCACUGCAUCUGCUUGGCAGCAGGGUCUUAGCAGUCCUGUCCAGCUGGAGUUUGCUUGUGUUUAUACUUGGGUGAGGAAGGCCUGCUCAAGCGUGGCUGGGGCCUGUCAUACUUGUUUUUAUUGCUGUGAAGAGACACAAUGACCCACAGCAACUCUUAUAAAGAAAAUACUUAAUUGGGGUGGCUCACUUACAGUUUCAGGGAUUCAUUCCAUUAUCAUCAUGACUGGGAUCAUGGUGGUGUGUAAACAGACGUGGUGCUGGAGAAGUAGCUGAAGUCUUACGUCUUAUAGGCAACAGGAAGUUGACUGAGACAUUGGGUGGUAUCCUGAGCAUAGAGAACCUGAAAGCCUGCCCCCACAGUGACACACUUCCUCCAGCAAGGCCACACCCAUCCCAAACAAAACCAUACCUAUGUUACUCCUGAGACUCUGAGGGCCAAUUACAUUCAAACUUCCACACUCGGUAUCAGCUAAGAGUUGGGAAGCAUCUGGCUCCUUAAAAGGGGGGGGGGGUCAUGAAGAGGAGGCUAUGCAGCAUACAGACCUAAGGAGGCCUGCAAACAGGAGGGCUCCAGGUGAGUAACACCAAGGCUGGCCAGGAACCCUCCAGAAGCAGGGCUGGCCCAGCCAUACCCAGCUUUACCUUUAGCCCCCUGAAGAGAGUCAGCUCAUGCUGUUCAAAUCAUGUCAUUAGUCAAGGAUGACCCAGGACACUGACACCAGGUCCCUCUCCCUGUCAGAGCUGUUAUUUCUUCCUGGAACUUGGAAUGUAGAGCAGGCUGGCCUUAAUCUUGGAGAGAUCUGCCUGCCUCUGCCUCCUGAGUGCUGGGGUUAGAGGCGCGUACCACCACUGCCUGGCUGGCUUUAUGUUCAUAAAAAAUUGUUCAGUGAAAUUUGUCUUGGGAUUAGGACAGAAUUUUCACCAAUGUCUGAACUGGCUUUAAGCACUCUUAUUCUGUGUUUUGUGUGAAGUGGCACUUUUAGCACUGACCAUUAUAAAAUCAAAACUUUUUUUAUUUUCGAGACAGGGAUUCUCUGUAGCUUUUGGUUCCUGCCCUGGAACUAUAAAAUCAAAAUGUUUAACCAAAAAAAUGUUUGACUCUUAAAAGAUGUUGAAUAUUCAGCCAAGAUUUAUUUUUUAUUUUAAUUUAAUUUUAUAUGUAUGCAUGUUUUGUCUGCAUGUAUGUCUAUACCAUGCUUAUACCGGGUACCCACGCAGGUUAGAAGGUGUCAGAUCCCUGGACUGGUGUUAGAGAUGGGUGAGCUGCCAUGUGGGAACCAAACCUGGGUCUUCUGGAAGAGCAGCCAGUGCUCUUAACCGCUGGGCCAUCUGUCAGCCCCUAAAGGAUUCUCUUGACUGGGUUAGUUGAGAUGGGAAUACCCACACUAAGUAUGGUAGGCACCAUCCCUUGGGCUGGAGUCCUGGCGAGAGCAAGCUGAGUGCCCGUGUUCAUCUUUUCCUGCUUCCCCUGUGAUGUAAUGUGAACAGCUGCUUGGAGCUUCUGCUGUCGUGCUUUUCCCACCAUGAUGGACCGCACCUUCACCCAUGAGCCAGAUAAAACUUUUCCCCUCCACUUGCACUUAUCUGGUGUUUAUCACAGCAGCAGAAAAGGGAACUGAGGCAGGUGUCCAGAAAGACCCAGUUGUCAGAGACUUGGCCUAGCCACUUGGGACAGAAUAAGGGAAGGAAGGGUGCCCUGAGCCCUGAGCAGGGAGGCCCCACACAGAUGACCCCAAGGGUGAGCUUGCUCAGUUUUAAAGUGGCUCCCAGCUGACAGGCUGUCUCAGCUGUCUCUUGGGGACAAUUCAAAGGCUUAAUGGAUGCCACAGUCUAAGAGGCUCAAGACCCACUGAAGCCCCUUCAGCAGAGCAUUCUGUAUUCUCACUCCAUCCUUCUUAUGUGCCCUGUGAGUAACAAUGCCCCCAGAUGCGGGCCCCGAGGUCUGCAGCCCUGAGCUGCCUGCCCACCAUCCCCACCACCCGAGGCUUUUGUCUGCUGGCCCUGUAGUGUGGUGCUGAGCUGCGGGGGCUCUGUGGGCCAGGGAGCUGGGAAGGGAUUAGAGGUCCUGCUCUUGCUUUGCCCUCUUGCACAACCCUUUGAUCAAAGACAUUCCUGGGAUGACAGCCCUGAGAGGCCAGCUCAGCUCAGCCAGGGGUACCGCAUCCCACCAGUACUGUGCUGUGGCCCUGCGGGGCCCCUGUAUACAAGCCUGUCUACCUCGUGUUAAACAGUCUGUGCACACCACCUAAGACACACACAGGCUGUCACAACAGCCCAAGUCCAGGUUUGCCUGGCAGGCACACCUGGCAGUGCCAGCUCCCAACUCUGGCCUUGUGUGGCCUGCACAGCCAUGCCACUAAAUGCAGAGGCCAGAUCCAGUCCUGUGGAGCCUGAUAGACAUUGUCCGUCUCCUGGACUGCCAUGGCAAGGGCUCUGGAGCAUCGCAAGGAGGACACACGGUCCCGCUCCUCUGCCUUGUGUCCCAUCCCAGAAGUCCUCAGCCCCCACUGCUGGCAUCUCGUGGGCCCCAGGAGCCCAGGUACUCUGUAGGGUCAGUGAAGGUGGCUUGCUUUCUAGGACAAAGUGCUGCAGCUGGGCUGGCCUGUGAGCAACAGGUUAACUUCCUCACAGCCCCAGGAUGUGAGGUCAGGAGGGGAGGCCACACAGUCACCUGUGUAAUGCUAUGCAGAAGCUCCACAGAGGCCACACUUUGAGUCCUCUAGGUCAAGCAGAAAUGAAGGUUCGGGCAGGUCCAGGCAGUGAAGUAACCUAGAACGGGAGUCAGGAAGCUGAGGUUCACCGAGGCCAGGCAGGUUCAAGACCUUGGCCUGGCUGAGAGGGGUGGGAUGGCUCAGCAGGAUGGGGGCUCUCUGCAUGUAGGAAGCCUGGCCAGGAUACUGGGCAAGGAUCCGUGGAGCUGGUGGAGGCAGAGAAUGGAGAGAGCUGGUCUUUGGGCUUCUGAGAAGAGACAGUUGGGCGGGCCAACUCCCUGAGCCUUUGUUUCUGAGGCUGUCCAAAGGCCACUGUACCAUCACCCCAUGAACACGAGUGUCUACUCAUCCCACUGGGGAUUUGCUGUACAGUCUUUUUGUUUUUGUUUUUCGAGACAGUAUUUCUGAGUAGCAAUGGAGCCAGUCCUGGAACUCACUCUAUAGAUCAGGCUGGCCUCUGCCUCCUGUGUUCUGGGAUUAAAGGCGUGCACUGUCACCACCCAGCCUACCCUCCAGUUUUAUCAGCAAAAUUCGAGGGUUAGAAUCAGAGCCUGGAGGCCAUUGGUAUCUGGGGUUAACUUCUGAGCCAUGUAAAGAGGCUUGGACAUCAGCCGUAGCUGGGCACCACAGACCACUGGAUAAAGACACAAGCCAAUUGCACCUUUAGAGACCACAUCAUGGUGUGAGCUCUCCGCAUUUGAUGGUGAUGCUUACCCAUUCCACUUGGGUGUCCUUCCACGACCACCCUUGAUAGGCAAUGGUGGAAAACAGCAGCAGCAGCAGCCUGCCUUCCUCUAGUGUAUGCUCAGCCCCACACUAUUGGUGUCUGCAUUCCUAGGACCACUCUGCUGCACUGGCCGCCAGCCUGCUUCAUCCCAGCGUAGUUUAUUGUGUCUCCCAUACUAACCUUCCCAUCAGCCCACCUGAAUGUGAUAAGCUUGCUCUUCGGUGCUUCUAAGAUCCAAUGGGAAAGCAGCUCUUCCACCUCCCUGCCCUUUGGCCUGUUCCCGGAAUGCUGAAGGCCCUAUACCAACUCUCCUGGACAUGUGUGGUUGUGGGGAGAGCUCUGCCAGUUCCUGGGUCCUCAGCCUUGUAACAGGCUCUGAAGCUCGGAUGGAGCUGAUACACCUUUCUGGACCCUGCCCUCAGGUAGCCGCUUUGCCCAAGAUGAGGACUUCCUAAGUCUUCCUAAGCCACCAGAGGGGACACAGGAGUCUCCAGCUCUAGUAUUUCCUUUAAACUCGGGGGUAGGAUGCCUGGUAGGGGCUCCAUCUGCCUUUGGGUCACGUCCCUUUCUGCUUUCAUCUUUGGGUGGCACCAUUCAGGCCAGGCAUUAACUACAUUCCCCAUCUUUCAGAAGGGCAGGGGCCAGCCUGGCACCAACACAGCCAACCCGAGACCCAGGUCUUUAGGUGGCUCCCAAAUGGCUACAUAGGGUGAUGGCAGAGGACCCCCAGUGCUAGGGAGAGUCAUGCCGCCUAUUCCCCAAGGGUUGGCAAACAAUGCCAGUCAUGAACUGCCACCCAGAGGACGUCAAAGGAGUCCAGCCAGGCCACUCAGGUCCCCUGUAACUGUGUGAAAGGCCACCUUGGGCCUUGGCCCUAACACUCAGCAUUGCUCUCUGGGCGUUUGGCAGCACCUAAGGAUGGUGAUUCACCCAGAGCAAACACCCAUUUGUGCCAGACAAGGGGCAGUGAACGCGGGCUCUGUUGAUCUUCCAUCUGCAAACACACAGGAGGGCAAGCUGGCAGCGACAGACUCAGAGCCGCUUCUCAUCAGUGGCUGCCGCCGGUCUCCCUGACGCCAGAGGCUGCCACCUGCAAACACCCUUUCCUUUGGGAACCCCACCCAGGUUGGUCCCACAUGGUUAUGGUAACAGUGAUAUAUCCCCAAUUCCUUUUCCCCAAGGCCCAGAAAACAGACAACACCAAGCUGGGAUUUUACCAAUUUUAUUUCUAGAUUUUUUUGUGUCUUUUUUUUUUUCUGGACCAUGCUGGUCACAAGUCCGUGCUGGGAAGCGCCAUGGUGUGUCAACCAGAAAUACACAAACCCAACUUGGCCAUCAGCCAGAGCCCCUCAAAGCCUUUCAUGUCACAGGGCAGACUCCGUGGACCCACCACCAGCCUUUGGCCUUUUGGCCAAGCCCUCACCCAUCACCAUGAACACAGUGGCCCUCAAGGGUCUUGCCUGGUUCAAAUGCCUCAGCUAGGUUGGUGGUGACCUUGGAGGUGACCAUUUUGGUUUGACAGCUAGCUAGGGAAUUUGGAGGCCUGCAGCACUGGAGCUGGCUUUGCCGAGGCUGAAGUCUUUAAAUUAGCACAAUGCUGUAAUUAACACAAAACAAGACAGAAUACUAGAACCUAACAAUAAAUGAUGCACCGGAGACUCAGAACAAAUUCCUCCGGGCCCAGCAGCAUGGUGGCAUGCACAACAGGCCGCUACAAAAAUAACAAUAUUGAUAAUUAACAAAGAAAAAUACAGUUGUCCCGACUGCUGUGAUGCUAUAUGUCCCAGAUCAAAUGAAGGGCCCAGCAUGACAGGUGCAGGGGGAUGAUCCCCACCAGACCAGUCCCAGGAGGCAGACUACCCGCCUGCUAGGCCCAUGCAUGGCUAGGUGAAACAUGAGGUAUUGUGAACAGGAACCUGUUUUUUUUUUUUUUUUCUUUUUUUGGGAAUACAGCGGUAAUCACAUUAAGCCAAAAUUGAUCACAACUUAAAAAAAAAGUACAAAAAAAGGGCAUCUGUAAAUACAAUCUUCUAUGAGGAAAUUAAAACUUGAACAUGGCAGUCUAUGACAUUGUAAAAAAAACAAAACAAAACUGACCCUCCAAUAGCAGCGAAAACAAUGUGAAAGAUACGAAGCGACGCGAAUCUGGGUCCGAACGUCCGGGAUGCCGGGAGCCAUCGGUAGCAGCACUGUGAAAGGAGCCGCAGCCUGUCCCGUGUGGUCCCUACCCUCCACACACUUCCCUCACGUCCUCUCUCCAGCCUCCCGCUUGUCACCUCCCUUCAACACUUUCUAAUUAGAAAA